UUGGCGCGCUGAUACACACUCAAACACACCGCGGCAACCACGACAACACUGCUGGUGGUGUGGAUGGGGAGAGACGAUGGCGACGACCAAGCGCAUCGUGCGGCUGGAAGAGGAUGUUGUGAACCGCAUCGCUGCUGGCGAGGUGAUCCAGCGGCCUGCCAAUGCCAUCAAGGAGAUGUUUGAGAACGCUUUGGAUGCCGGGGCCUCCAGCAUCUCUGUCGUGGUCAAGAGUGGCGGCUUGAAGAUGCUUCAGAUUCAGGAUGAUGGGCACGGCAUCAACCGAAAGGACAUGGAUAUUGUGUGCGAGCGGUUUACAACGAGCAAGUUGACCAAGUUUGAAGACUUGACAACGAUUGCCACCCACGGGUUUCGUGGCGAAGCCCUGGCCAGUAUCUCCCAUGUCGCUCAUCUCAGCAUCAUCUCUCGCACAAAGGACUCCCCAUGCGCUUACAAGGCGCACUAUCGCGAUGGCAAGCUCACGCCACCCAAACCAGGCAAACCCAGCGACCCAAAGCCAUGCGCCGGCAACCAGGGCACACAGAUUACGGUGGAAGAUCUGUUUUUCAAUGUUCCGACGCGCCGCCGGGCCCUCAAAAGCCCUUCUGAUGAGCUCAACCGCAUCAUGGACAUCAUGUCGAGGUAUGCUGUGCACAACUCUGGUGUUGGGGUGUCACUCAAGAAGCAUGGAGAAACCAGCCCUCUGCUCAGAACUACACCAGGCGCAACAACGCGGGACAACAUUGCUGCAAUUUACGGGUCGAAGGUUGCCAACGAGCUGCUCGAGAUUGAGGACGCUGACGAGGAGUUGGCGUUCAAAGUUCGCGGCUUCAUCACCAACGCGAAUUACAGCGUGAAGAAGCCGACGCUGCUGCUGUUCAUCAACCACCGUGCCGUGCACUCAACCAACAUCCGCAAGGCGCUGGACUCGGUGUACGCCGCCUACCUGCCGCGUCACACCCACUGCUUUGCAUACAUCAGUUUGGAGAUUAAGCCCGAGCACGUCGAUGUAAACGUGCAUCCGACGAAGAAGGAAGUCCACUUCCUUCACGAGGAGGACAUUGUGGAGCGGCUGCAGCAGCUCGUGAGCAAGCGUCUUGUCGGCGGAAACAUGUCGCGAACGUUUCAAACACAGAUGCUGCUGCCUGGCGCCAGCGGCCCUCGUGAUUUCCUCAACUCCUCAUCAUCAUCGUCAUCAGCAACGGCAACAGCGCGUGCCAGCGGUGAUGGCGAUGGUAGAGACGACGUGGAUGCUCGCACAGAGUCCGCACAGACACGCGCUGCUCGCGCAUCGACCGCUGCACCACCAGCAUCAGCAGCAUCCGGCCGGCGCGGCGUGCGCGAUGAUGGCGCGCGCGUUUACGAUCACGACCUCAUACGCACAGAUGCAAAGUCGCAGACACUCGACAAGUUUUUGAGCGCGUCGCAAUCGCCCGCCAUCGCUGCUGCCUCGACGCCAGGGCGUGCAAACAUGCGCAGCCCAAACACGUCAUCGCCCAUAUCGGCAAUCACCGCCAGCACCACUGCUGCUGCUACAGCUCAUGAUGAUGGUGGUGAUGAUGAUGAUGAGGAGGAGGAGGAGAUGGUAUGGGAUCCAAUACGACUCAAGAUGCGGCCAAGAACAAAGAAGAAGAAGCAGCUGACAACCACACCUGCUGGUGCUGAAACGACUACGACUUCGACUACUUCUGCAACUGCGACGCACACGGGUGCAAGCGGCCAACGCGCCCACGUGGCUCGGGAUGGCGGCGAUGGUGAUGAGUCAUCGGGGGACGUGUCGCAGCCGCCGAUCAAGCGGCCACACAUGCGGCAUGACGGUGACGAUGGUGAUGGUGAUGGCUGUGUCUCGCAGGAUGUACAAGCAACGCCCACACAGGACAGCGAUGUUGUUGUGAUUGACAGCGGCGAGCAGGACCAGAUGUCCGAUUCGUGCACACAAACACAGCAGCGCGGGAACACGGCGGCGAGUGUUGGUCGACCGUGGCCGGAAUCGCACACACAACUGACGAGCAUCCUUGAGCUGCGCGACGCCUUUGUUGAGAACCAGCACUCUGUGUUGCGGUCCAUUUUCAGGGAACACGUCUUUGUUGGUUCUGUUGAGGAUAAGCUGUUGUUGCUGCAGCACCAGCGGCACCUCUACCUCAUCAAACUACCAGAAGUCUGUCGGGUGCUGUUCAGCCAGCUCUGCCUGCGCGGGUUUGGGGACAUGAGCAGUCUCAAUUUGAAUCCCGCGGCGCCCGUUUACGAUCUCAUCCUCGCCGCUCUUGACAGUCCCGACGCAAACUGGCAGCCCGAGGACGGACCAAAACCCCAGCUCGCAGAGUUUAUCACCGAUUUCCUUAAGGAAAAGGCGGAGAUGCUGAGCGAAUACUUUGGACUGUUCGUAAACCAGGACGGAGAGCUGGAGCGGCUACCUGCGCUGCUGGACGGCCACACCCCAGAUAUGACGCGCGUGCCCACGUUCCUGCUACGCUUGGCGACGGAGGUUGACUGGGACGACGAGAAGCGAUGCUUCGAAACCGUCGCACAGGAAAUCGGGAGGUUCUAUGCAAGUUUUGACAAGGAGCAGCGGGGCGACGGCGCAAAUGUGCAGGACGACGAUCCUUCGAGCAAGCCCGUAUCCUGGCUGAUUGAGCACGCGGUGGCGCCUGCACUGCGGUCGAUGUUCUUCCCUCCGCGCUCCCUCGCAGACGAGGGCGCAAUUGUGCAAAUUGCUGAUCUCAAGGAGCUGUACAAGGUGUUUGAGCGCUGUUGACACACGUAUGCGUAGCUGCUUCCACAUGUAGUUUGUCGUUGUCUGCUUAGGCAGUUGCUGUUCUGCGAUGCUUCUCAUGUUUGUUAUGCUGGGCGCUUGUUCAAACUGACGCAUAAACGACCACGAUAACCCA